AUGACAAAACGUGCGGCACUAAAGAAUGAUCCUGUCGGCGUUGGACGUCCCUCGAAGCGCAUCAGGAGUAAGGAAGAAAAUUGCACGCCAUCUGCACUAAAUGAUGCAGGUGCAUGGCGUUUUCUAGAACGGUACCUCGAGUCCGAUCUGGGCUACGCACAGAUGGAAGACGGAUUGAUAUUGCUCGCACUAUUCUCCAGUGAUGGCGACGACGCCGAAGCGAUGAAAAACCUGGCCGCCCUGAAAAACAAGUACAUACUACAUUCAGAUCAAAGCGACGACGAGAGAAGGUGGGAAGAGGAAGAGGAAGAGGAAGAGGAAGAGGAAGAGGAAGAGGAAGAGGAAGAGGAAGAGGAAGAGGAAGAGGAAGAGGAAGAGGAAGAGGAAGAGGAAGAGGAAGAGGAAGAGGAAGAGGAAGGCCCCCCUGCACAUCCUCGGAAAGUUACAACUUUGCCAGGACCGUUGGCUAAACAUACACUGUCCACGAAGAUCAAUGAGAUCUUCAAGUCAUACGAAGCUCGCGCCUCUAAACCGUCAGGAAGACGUAUUCCUUACAGAGCUGCCUGGUCUCCCGACACGAUUGAUAACAGAAUGUAUCUGCUCAAUCUUCACAGAAGCGUUACGGACUACAUUGCAGAAUAUCUUCAAAAAAAAGGGUUCCCUGUUACCGUGUCGCCCUGGGUACCGGGCCAGCUUUACGUGGUCUCAGAGAGUCCCCGGGCUAUUAGUUCAUCACUUCCGACCUCACACCAAUUCUCUGUGAAAGAUUAUUUUCUCAUCUCGGAUGAAGAGCAUGCAGUUGUUGAACACUCACGAUUCCAACUGCCCAGCCCAGGGUGGGCAAGAAUCAAAUGCGGCAAGUACAAGAAUGCUAUAGGCUACGUCAACAGCUUGAAAUUGAAGGACGGACGAUCUGGCCCUUUUGUCUCGCUCUUAGUUGCUUUACAGGACUUUCCCUAUGACAUGCCCAAGGGAUCUGUGGCGCUGCUAGACCGAUCUCGCCUUCCGGCUGGCAAGGAAGUAUCUGACAUCAUUAUCGAUCAAAAAGUCGUAGGAUGCUCGUAUAAAGGAGAACAGUAUUACAUGGGGCUGUUGCUGAAGAAUUUUCACCAUGAUCUCUUAGACCUCGUAACCAUACCUCACCCCUAUGAAAUUCGACUACACAUUCAGUCCAGAUGGGACACACCUUUCGUGAAGAUUACUCAGCGGGCAUUUUCGAUGGAGUUCCUGCGCACAGGCGACGCGGCCAGGGUCAUUACCGGAGAACUUGGUGCUGAGAUUGGUGAAGUCGUCUCGACAGACCACAGCUCCAUGUGUUUGGAAUUUGACAUUGAUGGACACAAAACGCAAUGGGAAGUUCGCCUCCAGGACGUCGAGCAUGUGUUUCGGGUCGGCGAUACCAUUCGAGUCGUAGCAGGUAUAUACUUGGGUCUAGAAGGUUACAUUGUUAGAAUGACGGAUGACGUAUUUCAUAUCUGUCAAGCCUCUACUAAUGAAGAGGUCGAGGUUCCGAAGUACUACGUGAAUCGUUGUUCCCUGAAGCACACACUCCACGCACAGCUGCCAAUGCAGCAAUUUUUUGAACCUGACCCUGACAUCAAUACCAUUCAAAUCGGAGAUUAUAUAAAAGUAUUUACGGGAGAGCACUUUGGGAAAUGUGGCGUCAUGGAGUGGUUUCCUUCAGGAGGGACUAUGCUGUGGUUCCAGUGUACGGACACUAUGUUGACCAAUGACGACAUACUCCGACCCCGGAGUAUUCAAGUUCCAGUGGCAAUGGUCCAGCGGACGCAUCUCCUCCCAACAAUAAAAUUCAUGAAAGACAGGGGCUAUGAUGUUAAGCCUGGAGAUUUGGUGAGAGUUGUUCGUGGGCCGGAGUAUCAGACAACAGGGGUCGUACAGAGUGUCAAGAUUCCAAACACUCGCUUGACAAUACUAUCGGACAGCGAUCAUACACUCAUCGACGUACCAAUCGGAUUCGUGUCGAAGUUACGCAACACAAGCAUGGACUCAUUCAAACACGUAAUUAAUAAAAAAGUAUUCAUUAUUGGAGGUAGCCUGAAGGGCUAUCAAGCUACGCUGUGCGAUGUCGGGCAAGAGAAUUGCACUGUUGCUAUACACAGGCAGAAGCGUACAGUACUCAAAAGUCUUGAUGUUGUCACCAGUUAUGGAAUGAGACUAAACGGUUCGAUACUCGAAGAGUGCGAUCUACUUACAUUCUGUGACAUCCGAACAAAAUCGUAUGUGAAGGCGCCAUCUCGAAGUGUCACACCCCCAUCCGAAAAAAUAGUUCUCUCGAGCUUGAACACCGAUGCUAUUCCGUCAUCUUCUAACAUCUUGUCCCACUGGACCUCCAGGCCUGAGGAUAUCGACAUAGUGCUCAAUCAGUCACCAACCGCCAAUCCCAGUUCAGCAUCUGACCCUUGGACUGUCCACGAGAACGACAUCCGGGACAGCAUUGAGGCCCAAGCAGAGAAGCUUCAAGACAAUGGCCCAGUUCCCUGGUUGAUGAAGAAGGAGUUUUCUUCGGUGUUACUCAAGCACCACGCAUUGUUGAAAGUCUCUCUGAGCUUUGAUUAUGGCAGAUUAUCGAAACGAUUCGUAUCAACUGCAUGUCCUGACCCCUUCUACGGUGCUAACAUCAGGCAUUUGACCACAGUAUAA